AUGCCGAAAAGAAAGAAAGAAGUGACAAAACUGGCAAAACCUAGAAAGGUGGUAAUCGUAGCGGAGCAAACCGAGGAAGUAAAUAAAAUCGUUUUCGAAAAUGUGAGUAAUAAUGAUUUCACCAAUGAAUUUCAUUCGUUACCGUGUAGGAUUGAAUACGAUGGACCAGCAAAAGUGUCACAGUACUUUAUCACCGAGAGAUUGGGAGAUGAUACGAGAAUUGCAACAUUUCGAGGACGAAUCUUGAAUGGAGUGCAGCAACAGUUUCCAGAUGGCUACCGUUUGUUUGUUGCUGUAGAAAAAGAGAUCAAAGAUAACAGUCGCGUUUUUGAAGUUAAUGGUUCAGCAAAAUCCUUUAUGCUAUGGGAAUAUGAUCGUAAAAUCGGUCAUCAGUCACCUCUCGUUCAAGCAAUCGAUUACCUCAAUAUUGCAGAAACAUUUGCUAGGGAUGAUGAUUGA